ACCACACAGCCAGCACCGACGCAGCACUACGGUGAUUGAUUGCAUGAGUUUGCGUGACAGCUUCCUGUGGCCUCGACUGGGAGGCUUCCACGCCUUGCAUCGCGACGCACCUAAACACCGCCCGCCUCUCGCUUGCACCCCCAAACGCAGGCGGUGAUUGGGCAGUGCAAAUGUCUCAACUCCCCUCGACCAUCGAGCACCGGUUGAGCACAUUCUGUCACUUGCGAUAGCGUUAAAUGGAGAAACGUCCCUGCGAAGGGGCAACCGGAGUAUAUAUCAGUCAUGGAGCAGAGAACGGCCCUGAUCGAUCGAACAUAUCGGUAAACAAUGAUCAGAACCACUGUCAGUUCCAGAACGAGAAAACGCAGACGAAGAAAACAGAAAAUGGCAAAAUAAAUGGAACUCUGAAGGAGGGAGAGGUGACUCCCACUUCUUUUAACCCAGACAGCUCCCUGCACCCUGUGAACAGCAAUGGUGACAGACACCUGCUAGAUAUCCACUUGAAAAAUAAGCCCACCCGACGGGCCUUUACCACUGACUCAACAGGGGACAGAAAAGGUAGAAACACUAGCAGGAACAGCAUGGACUUCAAAAAUGACAAGUCCUCAGAGUUGAACACACUUGAGGGCAAAAAGGAGGCUUUAGCUACUUUGAAUGGUGUGGUGUCGCUCAACUCUUUACCACUUGCCAAUGGUUACCCUAGCAAACCCGGAGCUGACAAUGAUGGCAGUGGCUCCGAGAGCGGAUACACUUCUCCCAAGAAACGCCGGGCCCAGAGGAAUGGCAAAGCCGCGGACAAUGUGACUGCUUUUGCCCAGGGAAAAGCCAUGCAGCAGGGCGGCAAACAAGACCACGGCCCUGUGGCACAGGACUCAAAACCCGAACUGCACCUAAAAGCCAAGGAACCAACUGCCUCUGCCACCACACCUCCUCUGCUGGUGGCUGAACUUCAGCGCAAGAACUCAGACAGCAAAGUGGCUGGCAAACGGUUUGAGGAUCGCUCCAGCAAGGUUAAGGUGUCUACCUCCACCAAAGAGGACUCAUGGACCUUGUUCAAGCCUCCGCCUGUCUUUCCUGUGGACAAUAGUAGCGCUAAGAUAGUGCCUAAGAUUAGUUAUGCAAGCAAAGUGAAGGAGAACCUCAAUAAGACUGCCCAAGCUGGCGGGGAGGCUCUCACUCCUGCUCCCCAGGUGCCUGGGAGACCGCCACAGGUCCCCAUGUCUGCGGUGAAAACCAUCACCUCGGCUAGCUUUACCAACGGUCCCCUGCUGGGGGAAGGGAAUGGUUGCCCCCUGCCUGGUCCCCAUUUUAAUGCCAGUCCUCUGCUGGCGACCCCAGCUGUUGCCGCUGAGAAUGUAGCAUCUCCCCUGGGUAGCGGCACUUCCGCCAUCGGAAGUUCCUCCACAACCUCUGUGGCUGAGCCCAGGAAGCCCAGUCUGUUUGUUUACCCCGUCACCCCCCCCAAUAUGCAACUCUCACUUCCUAGCGGCCGCCAAGCCGAUCCCCCUGCUGCUCCGACAAAUCAGAAGUCUCUGGGGGACAUUUUUCAGAAUCAGUGGGGCUUGUCCUUUAUCAAUGAGCCUAGCGCCGGACCAGAGAGCAUGGCGUGCCGCUCGAACAGAAAGGAGGUGCCGGUGGAGGUGAGCUUUCAGGGAGGCUGUCCUGCUACAGUGGCCACUCAGACUUCCAGUGCCUCUGAGAGACCAGAUCCACCCCCCUUUCCCAAGGCUCACGAGCCAGAAAAACGGACUAAUGCUCAGAAUUUCAGUCGAGGAGUGAGUGGUGGUGCCACGGUGGCAAGCGGGGCCGUACCCGAGACCUCUGUACCCAGCCUGGAUGCCCAGAGAGACGAGACGGGGGUUUUUGGUGCAAUAGUAUUUUGUUCUUCCUCUAAGGACAUUUGUGCCGAGCUGUGUCCCACCUCCCCAGCAGCACCUAAGGUGGCUUUGGCCAAGGACCAGGGCCAUACUAAGGGCUUUGACAGGAGGUCUAGUUGGGGGUCGUUUGAUCUAAAAGCUGCUGUAAUUUACCACACUAAAGAAAUGGAAUAUAUUUUGAAUUUGCAAAAACAAGAUCCAAAUCGAGUAGUUCUCUACAGUGAGUCAUGGGACGGACCUGCUCAGUGAAGCUGUGUCUGGACACUAUAUCUCAGAUGAACUCUGCUGCAAAAAGAUGUGCUUGAGGAACAUGGCUGCAGCCUCGAAACAUCCUGAAUCAGAACUAAUCCAAUCUUAAGAUGGUUUAGAAUGGACCUUGUUACCCAUCAGCAGUCGAGGCUGAGCGCAGAGGAACAGAGUGCGCUUGGGAAAACGGGUUAGCUGGUUUUAGAAUAUUAGAAUGGAAGAACAGGAGCUGUGGAACUCAACUCUAAUGCGUCUAGUGGAUAUGUUGCUAAAGACAAUUUCAAUGACUUUGGGGACAUAACUCACACGUCAAACACUCAUGAUAACCCUGUCAUGGCAUUCGGUUGGGCGGAAGCUUCUCCUUUAAGUACUCAUGGACCUAAAGAGAGAGAGAUCACUAUGUGUCCCCUCUUGAAUUCAAAUAAUCAAGUAGCCUCGAAGUGGUCACAUUGAAUUCAUUUGGGCACAGAACCGGAGUGAAUUAACAUACUGUGGCCAGAGGAACUACAUAGCUUUUUUUUUUUUUUUUUUUUUUUAGGAGAUUCGGGGGAAUCGAACUCCAUUUAUGUGCGGGAGGCAUUAGUUCAAGCCUUUGGAAUUAAAUAAUUGUCUUAAUUUAAUUUCUGGACAAUAUUGGGUCAGUCCUGUUAGUGACACGUCUCCACUUCGUAUGUUUGUUUGAUUUAAUUUUUUUUUCUUCAUUGAAAUACUUAAAAACUCCAAGGGCAGGUUACGAGGUACACUCGGAUUGGGAAAGCGCACGCCCUGUAGUGUGCGUGUACAUGUGCAGUACGCUGCUCCGUGUGUCCUCUUUUGGAAGAGUUCAAAGUGCUAUUGUCGUCUCUUCACGCUUCCGUCACCUGACAGCCAUUCAAGUCUCUUGCUCGUCGUGUGCGUGUGUAAACGGCGGGGCAGAGAUCAUGCUAUAUUCCUUUAUCUUGAGUGUUUUAUGUUUUUAAUUUUUUAAGUAGCUGUUAGAACCCGGAACUAAUCAAUAAGAUGUGCCACACCACACAGUUGCUUUAGCUUCAAUGCUAUAGGUACAUUAUGGAGGUUUUAGUUCAGUUUGGUUUUGUUCUGCAGAGCUGCUCUUCAAAAUAGGGUUUUGUUUUUGACCCUAAAGGCAGUAGCAACUACUUUAGCUUUAUUUGGAACUACACCACAAUUUAGAGGGAACCUAGAGAGCAGUCGCUGGUGAACGAUCAGACUUUUUAUUUCACUCAAGAGACUAGAAGCCCCUAGUUUUUUUUUUAUUGAGCACCACAAUCACACUUUUAUGCUUUUUAUUUCUUGACUGUUUAAUUUGUACCUUUUCCAUGCUUAUUGGUUAAGCAGUUGAUAAAGUACACAUGAGCCUCAUCAAUAGAACCACCGUUGACAGGAAUUCUGCCGUUGUGUAAAAAUGUUUCUCUUUCUAAUGUCAGAAAAUGCAUAUUAAACUUAAAGUCUAUUCUGUUUUAUCAUUUCACAGAUUAAUUGAUUUAUACAUAAGAAUCAGUAGCACUUUACGUAUUAUGUUCUUGAAUUGUAUGUCCUUAAACAUUGACAUAUCAGUACAUAUUUGAAAUUCUAGUAAUUAAUCAUAGGUUACUAACUUUAACCUCUGCCUAAGGACUGUCAGUCCACAAUCUCAAAAUAAAAAAAAAAUAUAUAUAUAAAAAACAAAAUGUAAAAAAAAAGUGAAAAAAGAAAGAAAAUAAAAAAAGACACUCAGGUAGAAUUAGGGCAGUGUUCUUCUAUCUAAAAAUAAAACAAAAAUGCACCAACAGUGUUAUUGCCAAAUAUGAAAAGACGUCCCAUGUUUGUAACAGCUGUUUUGUUUUAAUUGUAACUUUUGAGGGAUUUAAGUUUUGACUGAAAAGCCAAUGCUUGCAUCUUCAUAUGUAUCAUUUGGCAUCAAUGUUUUCUUUACAUGACAAUGAAACACUGCCAGGUGAAAAAAUGUAAGUACACAUGGAAGACGUUAACCGCACUACGUAUCUGUAUGUCUUUCCUUUGCCAGAGGUUUUUUUUUUUUUCUUUUUUUUUUUCUUCCAUGUUUUAAAUGCAGCAUGUAAUGGUUUCAGUAGUCAGUCUUCAGAAAACGUGGGAUGUUUCAUGAUUAUUUCUUACUCAUUUCUUAUUUCCGUUUCUGUUCUUGAUGUAUCUGAAGUCUGUCCGAUAUCUUAGUUCAAAAGAUACUGCAAAAGCUGUCGAUGAAACGGAUGCAAAGUUGUUAAAUUCUGCUUCAUCUUUUCUAAUUUUGGUCCACUUAAAAGCUUUGUGCAAGAUAGAGAAAUCCUGCAAUUGAUAAUUAGCUUUUCGUUGGCUUUUUAGAAGCAUAUCUCUUUAUUGCUUCACUUGAGUUUUAUUGUAGUUAUCUAAAUUUUGUCUUUAAACAACUCCCAUAGAGCUGCUUUUUUGAUAUCCAGUGUAUUUGUUUAAGGAGUUAUGAUGUAGGCAUAAUUUAUAGCCAUCUGUUUUUACAUUAAGUCAAUUAUGAAAUACCUUUUUGAACACCGUAUUGUCCCGGUAUCCCUGUUUCCGCUUAAAGGGAUCGUUCACAUAAAAAUGUAAAUCCUGUCAUAAUUUACUCAACAUCAUGUCAUUCCAAAACCUAAAAAAUUUUCAGACCCCGCUGACUAUCACUGUAUAGAUGAAAACAGUUGAAAUGGGCUUGGAAUAACAUGAGGGUGAGUUAAUAAUAGCAGAAUUCAGAUUUUAGGGUGAACUGUCCUCUUAACUCAGAUAUGUCUUUGUAAAUGUUGUCAGCAGAAUGAAUUGAACCUGGUCUUUGUUUCAAAAAACUCAACUCCAGGGGUCAAAUGCACAUAUAGAGGUUCUAUGCACAGAAUGCAAACAAAACAGACUUUAUAUUUUGGGGGGUUGCACAUUAGCUUAAUUUCCUCAUUUUAAAUAAGCACUUACUACCCCACAAAUUAUAUUAUAAUUGCAAUAUAAAUUAUUUCCAUGAAUCUUAAAUCGCUCCCUUUAGUGUUUAAGAGCAAUGAGAGCACGCAUGGAUGGGAGAGAGUUACAGUGAUACUUAGAUGGUGUGUUUGCGAAAUCUGUACGAAGAAAAUGCAUAUUUGUCGGCAUAUUCAAAUUUCACGUGUUUUCUUGAUGUGUGAAUGAUUAUUGUCCUGACAACUCAACUUUUUGUGUGUGUGGAUGGAUAUGUGUGUGUCUGUUCGUGUGCAAGCAUGUGUAUUUGUCUUCAUUCAAACGCUCAAUUAUAUGCAAAGUUAAUAUUGCGAACUUUUCAAGUUCAGGGUGCCUGUUUUAAGCGAUAUAUUAAACAGAACCACAUCAUAACAUGAAAAACUCUUGCUUUUCCUUUUCCCCUGUCCCUACAUCCCCAUUUCCACCCAACAGUCUUCAGUUGUGCCAUGUUUUGAAUGUUAAAAGUUUGGAUUAAUAUUUCAUUUUAUGUUGCUCCCUCUAAAUUUCCUACAGUGGACAUGAAGAGGGGGUUACAUUUUGUCUCAAGAAUCUUUGUCACUGCUAAUAAACUUGUUGAAAAAGA